AUGGCUUGUGUUGCCCGGUCAUUGACUCGCUCGGCUCGAGUUCUGGCUCAUCGGGGGCCAGGGUUUGUUCCUACACGGUCCUUUUCAGUCUCGCCGUUCCGAUUCGUGACAGAGGACCCCGUCAUCCCUCCACCCCCGAAGGAACUUAAAGCGGAGGACUACCCACCAGUCCCUGAAUAUUCGCCCGACCUUCUGACCAAGGAGGAGAGAUCUAUGUAUGAUAUGCUGUCGCCAGAAGAGCGGGCAGCCUUCGACGCCGAGAACCAACGGAUCGUGGCCGAUUUCAACGACCUCGAGAAGCGCGCCGCGGCUUUCGCGGAGAUCCAAAAGAGCGUUGACCAGAUCGACAAACAAGAGGACAUUCGUUUCGAAGAUGUUCGGUCUAAGAUCCGGGGCUUCUGGGCUGAGGAUGAUGGAGACGAGAUGGCCCAGGUUGAGGACGGCGACGAAGAAAUUCAAGACGACGAAAUUACUUCAAUGGCCCAUGCCGAGAUGGAAUUGCAUCGGGAGAUGAGAGAGUACGCCCGUAUUGCAGCUUGGGACAUGCCAAUGCUGAGCAAACUCGCUAAACCCUUCACGCUACCCCCCGAGACACACAUCCUCCGCUUCCGCUACACUACAUACAUGGGUGAGCAGCACCCUGCUGAACCCAAGGUCGUUGUGGAGCUUGCAUCCCGUGACCUGACUCCCAAGUACCUUACGGAGGCCCAGCGCCAGACUUUCCUGAAGCUGGUUGGCCCCCGGUACAACCCCCAGACCGACGUCGUCAAGAUGUCUGCCGAGCAAUUUGGAUCUCGCGCGCAGAACAAGCGGUACCUGGCCGAUGUUGUCAACACGCUGAUUCAAGAAGCCAAGAAGGGCGACGCGUUUGCGGACAUUCCUCUUGACUUGCGCCACCACAAGCCCAAGUUCCGCCCUCAAUUCCCUGAGUCGUGGAACAUGACCAAAGAGCGCCGGCAACAAUUGGCUGCGCGCCGCAAGGAGCGACUCACCGCUCAAUCUUCGCGGGAAGCUAUCGUGGACGGCAACCAGAUUGUGUCCGAAGCCGUUCUGGCCCUUCCUGAGCUGAACCCGGCCCUGAAGGCCCGCGCUGCGGAAGAGCGCGAGAAGGUUGCCGUCAAGGUCGGAGCGCGUCCUUCGAAGAGGCCAGCACGUCGGUAA